CUGCCAUGGAGAGGAGAGAAGGUUCUGUGGGGGAGGAGAGGGCGCUGGAAGAAGACCUACAGAGGGAAGGGAGAGAGCAAACAAAGGGGUCAGGAGGGAAAGUAAUGCACUGGCUUCCUGGGGCCCUGCAGAGCUUGGGCAGGGGAGAAGGGGUCACAGACUGCCAGCAGGCAGGCCAGGGCAAGCAGGGCCUAAAUGACAUUGUUUGAAAGGCUUGUUAAUUAAACAGAGCAGCCUGAGUUGAACACUCAGACCGGUGCUACAUUCCCCUCUGUCCUGGGUGCUGGUGCCUGAGCUUUUGGGACACUUGGCCACAUGGAACCAAGUCUUGAGCCUCCGAGUUUGGUGAGGAGACAGUCUGGGUGGGGUCCUGGGGUAGUAUGUCACUUUGCGAUUGCUUUAUGGAUUGGCCUGAGUGCAUAGGUAGAGCCAAUGCCAGGAAGACCGGAAGGGUGCUGCUCUACUGUACUCUGAAUUCCCUCUUUUCUCCCCUACCCAUUUUGACCUCCCACAGGAAAUUAUGAAGGGUGACACCAGACACCUCAAUGAAGAGGAGGGCGGGAGGGAGGACUCCAUCAACGGGGCCUGCAGCGACCACUCCUCGGAUUCCAAGGACGCCCCCUCGCCCCCCAUCCUAGAAGCUAUCCGCAGCCCAGAGAUCAGAGGCCGCAGAUCAAGUUCACGGCUGUCCAAGAGGGAGGUCUCCAGUCUGCUCAGUUACACCCAGGAUCUGACAAGAGAUGUGGAUGGUGAGGACGAGGAUGGCUCUGACACUCUAGUGAUGCCGAAACUCUUCCGAGAGACCAGGACGCGAUCUGCAAGUCCAGCAGUCCGAACCCGCAAUAGCAAUGCCUCCAGUCAGGAGAGGUACAGGCCCAACCUACGCUCUACCCGAGGCCGCCAGGGCCGCACUCCCGUGGAUGAGUCCCCUGUGGAGUUCCCAGCUACCAGGUCUCUGAGGCGACGGGCAACAGCAUCGGCAGGUACGCCAUGGCCAUCCCCUGCCAGCCCUUACCCCACCAUUGACCUCACGGGAGACGAUGUGACACCCCAAAGCAGCAGUACCCCCUAUGCUGGAAUAGAAGACAGCAAGCAGGAAAGCCUGGAGUCUUCACAGGUGGAUGCAGACAGCCAUGAUGCUGAGAGCGAGUAUCAGGAUGGAAAGGAGUUUGGAAUAGGGGACCUGGUGUGGGGAAAGAUCAAGGGCUUCUCCUGGUGGCCAGCCAUGGUGGUAUCCUGGAAGGACACUUCCAAGCGACAGGCCAUGGCUGCCAUGCGAUGGGUCCAGUGGUUUGGUGAUGGCAAGUUCUCUGAGAUUGCUGCAGACAAACUGGUGGCCCUGGGGCUGUUCAGCCAGCACUUCAACAUGACCACCUUCAAUAAGCUGGUUUCUUACAGGAAGGCCAUAUACCACACUCUGGAGAAAGCCAGGAUACGUGCUGGGAAGACCUUCCCCAGCAGCCCUGGAGACUCCCUGGAGGACAAGCUGAAGCCCAUGUUGGAGUGGGCCCACGGGGGCUUCAAGCCCACUGGGGUUGAGGGCCUGAAACCCAGCAACAAGCAACCAGAGAAUAAGAGUCGAAGGCGCACAGCUGAUGAUUCUGCCACUUCUGACUACUGCCCCCAACCCAAGCGCCUCAAGACAAAUUGUUACAACAAUGGCAAAGACCGAGGGGAGAAUGAUCAAAGUCGAGAACAAAUGGCUUCUGAUGUCACCAACAACAAGAGCAAUCUGGAAGAUCGCUGUCUGGCCUGUGGUAGAAAAAACCCUAUAUCCUUCCACCCACUUUUUGAGGGUGGUCUCUGCCGGCCAUGUCGGGAACGCUUCCUCGAGCUGUUUUACAUGUAUGAUGAUGAUGGCUAUCAGUCCUAUUGUACCGUGUGUUGUGAGGGUCGAGAGCUUUUGCUCUGCAGCAACACGAGCUGCUGCCGGUGCUUCUGUGUGGAGUGUCUGGAGGUCCUGGUUGGCCCGGGCACAGCUGCGGAUGCCAAGCUUCAGGAGCCCUGGAGUUGCUACAUGUGCAUCCCCCAGCGUUGCCACGGGGUCCUCAGGCGCCGCAAGGACUGGAAUGUGCGCCUGAAUACCUUCUUUACGACGGAUCCAGAGUUCGAUUUCGCACCACCUAAGUUAUACCCUGCGAUUCCUGCUGCUCGUAGGAGGCCCAUUAGAGUGCUGUCACUGUUUGAUGGAAUUGCCACAGGGUAUUUGGUCCUCAAAGAUUUGGGUAUUAAGGUGGAUAGGUAUGUCGCCUCUGAAAUCUGUCCAGAGUCUAUUGCUGUGGGAACUGUUAAACAUGGAGGGACUAUACGAUAUGUGAAUGAUGUCCGGAGCAUCUCAAAGCAAAACAUUGAUGAGUGGGGCCCCUUUGACUUGGUGAUUGGUGGAAGCCCAUGCAAUGACCUCUCCAAUGUGAACCCGGCCAGGAAAGGUCUGUAUGAGGGAACUGGCCGUCUCUUCUUUGAGUUCUACCACCUGCUGAAUUACUCUCGCCCUAAGGAGGGUGAUAACCGGCCCUUCUUUUGGAUGUUUGAGAAUGUUGUUGCCAUGAAGGUUGAUGACAGGAAGGACAUCUCACGGUUCCUGGCGUGUAACCCAGUGAUGAUUGAUGCCAUCAAAGUUUCUGCUGCUCACAGGGCCAGAUACUUCUGGGGAAAUCUACCUGGGAUGAACAGGCCUGUGAUAGCAUCAAAGAAUGAUAAACUCGAGCUGCAGGACUGCUUGGAGUUCAGUAGGACAGCAAAGUUAAAGAAAGUACAGACAAUAACCACCAAGUCGAACUCGAUCAGACAGGGGAAAAACCAACUUUUCCCUGUUGUCAUGAAUGGCAAAGAAGAUGUUUUGUGGUGCACUGAGCUCGAAAGGAUCUUCGGCUUUCCGGUACACUACACGGACGUAUGCAACAUGGGCCGUAGUGCCCGCCAGAAGCUGCUCGGGAGGUCCUGGAGUGUGCCUGUCAUCCGACAUCUCUUCGCCCCCCUGAAGGACUACUUUGCAUGUGAAUAAUUCUACCCAGGCCUGCUGGGAACUGGGGUAUCAGGGGCAGAACCAGGGGCCAGAAGGUGCCCAGUUUCCUGAUGCUGAUUUCCCCUUGCUCUGCCCUUCCUCAGCUCCGCCGAGCUGUGUGGGAUUUCACUGUACCUCAGCUCUCUCCUGCUCAGUGGGAACAGAGCCACCUGAUCCUCGGUGACAAAGAGAAACCCAGAGGUAUUGCCUCUGUGCACAACUCAGACCUGGCCACUCAAGAGUGGUCAACCACGGUGCUCACUUACUUGUUCUUUUCCUGAAGCUUAAAAGAAAAACUUGAAGUAGGUAGUAAGAUGUCCCUGCCCCCUUCCCUGGGUUUCCCAUUUAGAAGCGAUGGCUAAGAUACCAAAAUCACAGUGCCGUCAGGUAGCUCUCCAACACUCAGGUUAAUGCUGCAGAAUCACCCCAGACAGUCAUUAAGACUUUUUUUUUCCUUUCUAAGUCUGCACUUCCAUGUUUACUGGAGUUUGCAGUUGUAGAAAAUGUAGCCAAGGGACAUUUUUCAGGGCCUAGGAUCUUUUUUCUAGGGAUAGCAGAAGAGGUUGUGUUGCUGUGUACGUCUUGGAUUUUACCCAGCCUCUUCCCCUUGCCUUGGUACAAGGGCUGUAUUUCCCUUCAUGGUGAUGAUCUCAGCAGGCAUGACAUCAUCACCGACAAUUCAGGGCUAUUUCCCCCCCAAACCCACGGGUCCACCUUAGCCCAAUCCCUCCCUGUACCUGCAAUAGAACCCUCUGGGGAGCUCAGGAAGGAGUGGACCAAGCUAGUAUAGCUGCCAUAUAUUUAUGUGGACAAGUGAGGUUCUCCCAUCUCCCCCUUUCCCUAUGUGAGGGCCAUGAAUGAGGGAGCUUAGAUAAGAUCCUCCUCAAUUCUCUUUCAAAAGAUGUAUUCUCUACAGGCAUGGGUCCCUAGAUACUCAGCCAGGGGCAGAAAGCACAUUUCCACCCUUCCCCCUCAUCUCAGAGAUGGCAGGGGAGCUGGAAUAAGAUUCUCCAAGAUUUUAAAAUCCCUUUUUAUUCUGUGUCAUUGUUUUACAGGCUCGGGAGGGUGGACAAGCUGCAUUUCAGAAAUGCUGCCACAAUGGUUUUUAACACCUUUUACACUUACUGGUGCUAUUUUGUAGACGUAAGAACCGUGACAAAUUUUGUGGGGCUUUUUAUACACACUUUUUUUUUUAAAUCUCAGACUUCUAUUUUUUGGUUUUUAACAUUUCCUUUAAAGUCUUUGUAACUGGAGCCAUGUAACAAGUAUGGGGAAAAGCUGUGCCUUGUUUCAACAAGUUUUUUGCUAAUUAUCAGGCCAAAAGACAACUGAAGCCUACUAGAGUU